CAUCAACUGGGACAGGCUGAUCAGAGAAGUGGCAGACUCCUUGAGUAUCUGACUGCCAGGCACAAGUUGCAUACCUUUUUGUCAGCUAAUGCUGUGAGUGUAUUUUGCAGUGAAAGUGUACCAAAAUGGGUCCACGAAGUUAUUCGGCCGAUAGCAGCAGAAUUGGAAUUUUUUAUGCCGCAACCCUUCGCGGGGGAAAUUCUGGGACUGUGCAAAGCACUGGGAAUAAGUCUCGGAGAUGGAGUCCUGCUUAACUUCGCCUAUGAAUCUACCGCGUUCUGUACUAGUAUUGUCGCUCAGGAUGUCAAAGGAAACAUUUACCAUGGUCGGAACCUGGAUUACGACUUUGUCGAUAUAUUAAGCAAGAUUACAAUUGAUGUGCAGUUUAUAAAAAGUGGGCAGAUAGCGUAUCGAGGCACCACGUUUCUUGGUUAUGUAGGCUUAUGGACUGGACAAAGUCCACACAAGUUCACAAUCUCCGGUGAUGAACGAGCGGGUGGUAGAUGGUGGGAAAAUGCAAUAGCUGCUUUUCUGAAUCGGAAUUACCCUGUCAGCUGGCUUGUCCGAGACACCCUGAGCAAAGCAGAGGACUUUCAGUCAGCUGUUCUCAGACUAGCUGGCACUCCCAUCAUUGCUGAAGUUUACUAUAUUGUAGGAGGUGUAUCGCCUAAAGAAGGCAUGGUCAUAACAAGGAAUAGAAGAGGGCCGGCAGAUCUCUGGCCUCUUGAUCCUUUAGGUGGAGCGUGGUUUCGUGUGGAGACAAACUAUGACCAUUGGACCACCCCUCCUCCUUUUGAUGAUCGAAGAACUCCAGCCAUCAAAGCUCUCAAUGCUACUGGACAGCAGAACAUCAAUUUUGAUACACUCUUUAAGGUGUUGUCAGUGAAGCCAGUCUUAAACAAUAACACAGUGUAUACCACAGUAAUGAGCGCUGCACUUCCAGAUAAGUACCAGACAUGGAUCAGAACUGUGAAGUGAAGAGGUACAAAAGGAGUGAAAAGCUGACGCUUUCCAAGACUGGCAUAUGCUUUUAAAAUCACUCUCACAAGCAGUACAGUUGUUUUGGCUUAUUAAUUAUGUGAACUGUUCAGGAAAUAAUGACUUGUUAAUUCUUUGAAGUUUUGCAGAUGAUACUGUUAAUGAACUGUAAUGGAAGUUUAAUUGAUUUUAUUGUAAUUACAUUGACGUUCUAGCAGAUGUUGAUGGCUAAAAAUUGCUUUUUCUGUUUUUGGAAAGAGUUGUGCAAUUUGAAUGUACUUAUGUGCUGACUAAUAAAUAAUAAAAUUUAAUAUAUUUUGCAUGGCCUGUAGGUCUGAGUAUAAUUAAAUAAAAAUA